AUGACCACCAUACCUGCCCCGAAGCUGGUCUUGACCCACGAGGAAUGGCCCGACGCAGACUUUGACCUGCCAGAGGGCGAGCCGAUCCAUUCAGUCAUCAACAGAGACGACGACGGCGAUGAGGACUGGGAUGUGGAGAUGGACUUGGGCAGUACAGGAGGAGCGAAGGUGCAGGCUGCGACCGGAUUCACGCUAGGUUCGUCCGGUUCGUCUCACAAACCCCAGCUCUUCAACAUACGCCCGCCACAACCACAACCCAUAUCCGACGCGGACGACGACGACGACGAAGGUGUGUCCACAAUCAAGGCGUCGGCGGUAUUACCGAAACCCGUCGCGAAGAUUCCGAAGCAAACGCCCAUCGAGGAAGACAUUGAAACGGCCUUUGCUCUUCCUGACGAUCUCACACAACUUUCGCUUGCACCUUUGUCUCUGAACCAUCGCUCGUCAAAGAACUCGCUAGAAUGGGGCGACAAAGACCACACCUCGUCGUCACAGUCGUCGGACGCCUAUUCAUCUCUUAGCUUCGCUGAUGCUUCUCCAUCGAAUUCCGCUUCAUCUGUUUCUCAGCCUGACACCGGGGACGAGCUCGAAACAGACGAGGACGACGAGGGAGUGCUGGAUGGGCUUCUCAUUCCCACAGGCCUCUUCGAUACCGGUCACAGCGGUAGAAAGCUCAAUCGAAUACUCGAGUUGAAGAAGAAGGUUGGGAUGACCGACACUCGUGUCAAGAUAGCGAGCCCGGAUCCCGAAGACGACUUUGAGAUGGGCCUGGUCAUCGGCGAUGAUGUCGACCUCAGCCCAAGUCGCCUCCUUCUCGCUACACAUCAGAACAAGGCCCAACUACGGAAAUCGCCCAACCGUAGUACGAGCGCUCCUCCUCGUCGCCCAGCGCCAUCUCUACGGCCGCCGUCUAGACUCAAACAUGAACGGGCCAAAUCGCCGGUAAAUCCGCCACCAUCCUCGACAAGGCAGCUUCAGAAGCUCCGCCUCACACCAUCGCCACCGCUUCGUGGAGGUCCCGUCCGUGCACAGACCUUCCAAGCUCUCUCCCCUGCCCCCACUCCGCCAUCAUCAUUCCUCUCACCCAAGCCCGGAAGCCUUCGUGGACAGAAGUCGCAUUCCGGCCUCAAGCCCCCAACUCCCCCAUCAACAACCCGAAAGCUCACACGGAAAGCAUCGCUUUCAUCGCUCAUGGAAACGAGUCAACCCCAAGCGCCAGGCUUCCCGGCACCCAUCGCAAGUGGCUCCAAAGCUCGAUACGAAGAAGCAACAUACGCCUCUAGAGCUAAAUCACAUAAAAACACAACUAGCCGCAUCCAUGACUACAAAGUGCCACCAACUCGACCAUGUACACCGUCUAAUCAGGCGGCUCUCCGCUUAACCAUGCCCACUCAACGAUCGAAAUCACGGCCGGCACUUAGCACCGUAUGGGGCACUGUCAAUGCCCCUGACCCUUCGACAAUCCGAUCUGCCUCGCCACUCCCUCCUCCAAGACCUCCUUCCUCGCUAUCCCUCAAAUCACAGAAACCAUCAGGUAUUCCUCAACCCGUCGCCCCUAAAGUCCUUCGAAGACCAAAGCGUCAGCGGACUUACGGCGAUGGCACAGAGCUUGACAGUAUAGAGGACCUCCCCGCUGAUCGAGAAAAAGAAGCUCGAUAUCGGGUUCAGCCCAAGGGAUAUGGCAAUCGCAUACCGGGGGGAACCUACCCGUCGAAGGCUACAGAGAAGGGCACCGUCCGAAAGAAGGGUCGACGCGAAGCCUCGGACAGUGGCCAAGACCACGUACCUCCCCCUCUCCCUCCCACAAAUACACUCAAACGAACAACAAGUCGAAUAGACUCACUCUCCAAGACAGAACUGCCUCUUCCGAAGAAGAAGAGGAAUGUCUCAUCUCCAACAACACCCGGGACAAGGAGAAAGCCUACGUUGAUUCGUAAUUUGGGCGGAGUAGGAGCCCCUAAAGUCGUUGGAGAUAUGAAGUGGAACCCACAAACUCUGCGCUGGGAGGGCAACGAUCAUGUCCUUCGUGACUUCGAUGCCGUCGUUGGGACUUCCACUCGCCCUGCCCUGAUCACCCAUCUCACGGGAUCGUCAAUUGGAUCCCCCGUGGGCUCGUUUGCCUCUGGCGCCCGGAUAGUCGGCAACAUGAUAUUUGAUCCAUCACGGAUGUGCUGGAUAUCAACCUUACCGCCAGAAGAGGACGAGCCCGAUGUAUUCGCAAACCUUGCAGACGAUGAGGAAGAUGCCGAAGACUGGGAAACCAAAGGUGGAACCAUUCGAGCCAGUUUGCAAGGCAAAGACCUCAACUCGUCCGAUGGUGUGGCCCAUACAACAUCAACUUCGUCGAACGCGUCUUCUGAAGCACCGAGCCCUUCGUGCAGUCGAACGCGUGCGAUGUCCGAUUCCGGCAGUGAUCGUGGGUCCCGAGCGUCGAUGGUUUGCGAAGUUGACGACACUUUCCUCCUCAAAUGCCGGCAGGCUGAAGAACGGCAUCGAACCGAAAUGAAGGGGUGGAAGGCCACUCUAUCCAAAGCAACGGAAGCUGCCGAGCCUGAUCGUUCGUAUCUCUACGAAAUAAGGGCACUUGCCACGCGCAAGUACUGA